UCCCGUUUGUACAAAUAACUAGCAACUUAACCGAAGGAAAGCAGCUGCAUCCGCACCGUGAAUCAUUGAUUUGUGAGCAACUAAUGUAUCUAAAGGAUGUUAGUUACAGUAGCUAGCUAAUCAUUCCAGCUAGCUAGCUAGUCAGUUGUAUUUUGUCACAGCAAAUGUGCUUGCAAAGGCGUUCGUUAGCAAAGUUUAAUAUUUGCAAUUUACCAGGCUAUCAAAUCGUGUGAAAACUCUCGAGAAGGUUGCUCGUGCGUCGAGGAACAAUCGCUUCAGCUAAUGCGUUUGAUAACACGACUCUUCCGCAUAUAGCUAGAUCAAGGCCAACGACCGUGCUGGGAUGUAAACUUGCAGAACACCUUUGCUUGUUUUGUCUGACAUACAGUCGUUUAAAUGGGGAAAAGGAAAGACAUGAUCCACCCAAGGUUUCUUUUAGGUGAGUUUUUAUUUUUACUGUUAAUGUUAUGCUCCCAUGACGCAAGUAUGGUUGUUUUUCUUCUAGUCCCCACCCCCUCUCUCUGUUACUGGUCUAACCUGUAAUCAAUUGGAUACAAAUGCCUGGUUGGUUGUUUGUGAAUUGAAGAUUUGACACCAUCAUAUUCACUAGACAUAAGAAGCCAUUAGCCAUUAUUGAGUCAUACAUGGCAUUAUUAUAAUAAUAUAUGCCAUUUAGCAGACGCUUUUAUCCAAAGCCACUAACAGUCAUGCAGUAGGGCUGACCCCGCUUAGUCGACUGGUCAAUUGUUUGGUCUAUAGGCUGUUGGUCGACUGAGAUUUCUUUAGUCAAGCAGUCAAGAGAGAAAAAAAUCCAUGGUGCACAAGACACCUGUCUGAUUAGUGCCUGUCUCAGUGGACUAAUCCAUUGCAGAGGCCAUGGGGAUGACACAGUCCAUCACUAAGAGACAGUUUAAGCUUGAUCCGAAAAUGUGGUCGGAGGCGCUGUAUUGAUGGUGUGACGCAAUUGCGGAGCCUCCGGGGGCACGCAGAGGCCAAAUUGAGCUCCAUACCGCGUCGCCAUGCGCCUCUCAAAUUUUGUAGCAAUGCAGAGGGCUCCAUAUAGCUAGGCAUUAACAUGAUUGGUUGAUGGUAGGUGAGGUCUGGAGGUCCUGUAUAAACACAAACUCACUUCCUUGACAACUUACUUCACAACAGUUCUGCUCCGCAAAGCGCAAGAAGUAUGAAUGCUCUGACUUCUGUAGAGGCCGUAUCACAGUAAAUGCUGCACGGCCAAUGCAGACGUCAGAUUGACCAUGCAGUGCCUUUUAAAGCCAAUUUAUGCUUGAUCCGAAAUAUGCUUGAUCCGCAAUGUGGUCAGAGGCUUUCUAUGGAGUGUGUGACGCAAUUGCGGAGCCUCUGGAGGCAUGCAGAGGCCAAAUCAAGCUCCAUACUGCUUCGCCAUGCGCCUCUAAUUUUGUAACAAUGCAGAAGGCUCCACAUUGACAUGAUUGGUUGACAGUAGGUGGGGGCGGAAGGUCCUGUAUAAACACAAACUCACUUUCUUGACAACUUACUUCACAACAGUUCUGCUCCGCAAAGCGCAAGAAGUAUGAAUGCUCUGACUUCUGCGGAGGGCUGUACGGCCACUGCAGAUGUCGGACUGACCAUGCAGAGCCUUUUAGACAUGUAAUACUGAAAUUGUAAAUGGUCAUACUAUGUAAGAAUAAUGGUGCAACACUAAUAAAUGUAAUAUUAUUUUAUAACAAAUGCGCUUUUGUCCCGCGAUGGAUCGCGGUUGCUGUCAGCAGUUCUGAAACUUCAUCUUCAGUGCACUGUUGAAUUGGCACCUUUCCCUAUAUGACCUAUGUACAUAUUUGUGUUGAGAACAAUGCUGUGGAGGCAGCAGCAGAGUGAGGAGACAAGGAAACAGCCCUUGCCUUAAUUGUCUAAGAUAAUUGAGGAGAGAGGAAACCUUAAUUAGGUCUGUAAUCAAUAGCCUAACUGUUAAACGUGCCUGUCUUUAUAAAUCAUCCAUAUAUAUCAACAGAAAUAAGACAGAUCCUGCAUCUUUAGCCAGUUUGAGUGUUUGUUUAAUAGCCUACUGAUUCCUUGAGCACCAAGCCUCGUGCAACCGCAAAAUGUUGGAUAAAGCAAUUUCACGAAUUCGGCUGUUUUUAAUAUUUGCUAUGCUGUAAUAAAGUCUUUUUAUUUUUUUUUAAACGUUAGAACAGACUCUCUGGUAGUACUUAUAAUUGAUUUAGUGUUGUUUACACUGUUCCAAACAAGCAGAAAAAGUAUAUUGUAAUCUAACAGCACCUGUUUGUCACACAUAAUAUUCACGCUGCUCUCGCUCCUAUGCCCUCAAUUUUCUUCAUCUCCUUCUUCUUCUUCUUAAAUUACAAUUAUUAUUAUGGUCAUCAUUAUAAUAAGUAAUGUCAUUAUUAUUAGUAGGCUUAGUAUAGCAGCCUUGUAUAACCACCAUCGAGCUGUAGGCCUAAGAGCGCGUCCUGUUUAGUCUUAAUACCGUAACUUACUUAGGUUUAUAUUUCAAUAUAUAAGCUACUGUAUUAGUCAAUGAGUCAUUCAUUCGUUCAUGUCAUCACACAACAUACAAGUCAUUCAUGCUGUGAAAUGCAAUCAAGCAUUUUAGUUUAAAAUAAAAUAACAAAGGGAGCUUUGGAUAAUCAGCCUAAACAAUAAAUUAACCGCAAUUCACGAAUGCAUGCAACUGUUUUUAGUCUUUGCUGUAAUAAAUGCGUCAUUUUUUCUUUCUCCAUUAGAACACUCUCUAUGGUACAUUUAUACUUUAUUUAGUGUUGUUUAUACUGUUCCAAAUGGUCAGAAAAAUAAUAAUAUUGUAAUCUGAAAGCACCUGUUUGGCACACAAUACUUAUGCAGCGCUUGCUCCUAUAUACCCUCCUUUUUCUUGAUCUCCAGUAGUUUCCACAACUAAGUCAAAUGUCUUCCACACAUCUGACUUCCCCUUUCCCUCCUGAGCAGCCAGUAAACAUUCCCCUGUUUCAAGUUUCUUUUUCACAUCCUCCCCAUCCAUUUUGCUGUCACGUGUUACAGUGUUCGGAGUUUGUUAUAACCAAUUUAUUGAUGUGAUUAUGAUGGGCUAUAGGUCAGGCCCUAUUGGUCAAGUGCAUGCGAUGGUUACAUGUUUCACGUAAAGAGAGCAGGGGUUGAGGGAAUAGGGAAUGUUUUUCCUAAACAAAUGAGGUAUUUCGGUAAUAUAACUUUUCAGUCAGAGAAACAAGUAAGAAACUGAAUGACUGUAAUUAUGUUGCAGAUACAGCAUGGACAGUGCUAUAAACACUUGCUGUGCUGUGGUGCCUGUUCGCUGCAGCAGGGAGGAGAGAGAGACAACGUGCGCCAGUCACACAGGCACUCGCUGUAAACAUGUUUUAACACAGUGUGGCCAUUAGGCUCCCCCUUGAGUCAUUUGUGUGUCUUAAUUAUUUAAUCAAACACUGCGCUUAAUGCAUCAGACAAGCUCAGUACAUAUAGUUGAUUUUAUUCAAACACAUAGGGUGUGUCUAUAUAUGACAGCCAUACAUACAUUGUUCUGAUGGGUGGCCCCAGCAGAAAUCAAACCCACGAUCCUUGGUGUUGCAAGCACCAUGCUCUACAAACUGAGCCCAUAACAACACCAGUGGAGGCUGCUGAGGGGAGGACGGCUCAUAAUAAUGGCUGGAACGGAAUGAAUGGAAUGGAAUCAAACACGCUCCAGCCAUUACCUCCAGCCCGUCCUCCCCAAUUAAGGUGCCACCAACCUCCUGUGAACAACACUAUACACUUCUAAAUAGGUCUGAUUUCUCUUUGUCUCUAUUUUGUCUACAUCUCUAUUGGUUAUCUGUGACUACAGGUGAUGGAGACCACCUGGGGUUACACAGCCUCCAUAGGAGGAAACACAAGAAGCACAAAAAGCACAAGAAGAAGCAUCACCGUGACGACGGGCACAACUCCUACUCCGAGGCCCUGGAGUCAUCCUCUGGCAUCCUGGUCAAGCCCCCCACGCAACUCCGACUCAAGCCCCCCACGCAACUCCGACUCAAGCCCCCCACGCAGCUCCGACUCAAGAUCAAACUGGGAGGCCAAACACUGGGAACCAAAAGGUGAGACCUCGCUGGCUUCUACUUUAAGAGUGACACAGGAUGAGACCACUGAGCUUAACAGGGGUAAGUUUCUCCAAAAACAUAAAGAUCAUCUUUAGCAUUAAGAUCAUGGUUCGCCCAUUGCCUACCAAUGGUUUUAAGAUGAUCUUAGUGCUAAAGAUGAUCUUUAUAUUUUGGAGAAACUCACCCUGGCCCUAAACAGUUCCUAUUGACUUCAACAUUGAUUGAGACAUCUGAUACAAAUUAUAGGUCCAGCGUUCACGUGACCUGAUAUUCGAACCUCAUAGGUUCUUGUUAUCUCUCCUUUUUUUAAUGAACCAGUGUGCCAACAUUCAGUGUGAUCCCUGGUGUAGCCCGCUCCCCGUCUCCUCUGAUGAUCGUGGACGAUGAUGACGACUCGGAUGAUGAUGACGAUGAGGAGCCUUCUGAGGGCGUCCCACUCGAGCAGUACCGGGCCUGGCUUGGUGAGUGCCAAGGUCUGUCUCUUAAUCUCAUCAUGUCCAAUCAUAUUCAAUAUAAAAGUCAUUUCCUGCUUAAUGUGAUUGAUUUACUAUAUACAGUGCCUUUAGAAAGUAUUCAUACCCCUUGACUUAUUCCACAUUUUGUUGUGAUACAGCCUGAAAUCAAAAUUGAUUAAAUAUAUUUAUUUCUCACCCAUCUACCCAAUAAUGACAAAGUGAAAACAUGUUUUUAGAAAUGUUAGCAAAUUUAUUGAAAUACAGAAAUAUCUAAUUUACAUAAGUAUUCACACCCCUGAGUCAAAUCAUGUUAGAAACACCUUUGUCAGCGAUUACAGCUGUGAGUCUUUCUGGGCAAGUCUCUUAAGAGUUUUGCACACCUGGAUUGCACAAUAUUUGCCCUUUAUUAUUUUCUAAAUUCUUCAAGCUCUGUCAAAUUGGUUGUUGAUCAUUGCUAGACAACCAUUUUCAAGUCUUGCCAAUAGAUUUUCAAGCAGAUUUAAGUCAAAACUGUAACUCGACCACUCAGGAACAUUCACUGUCUUCUUGGUAAGCAACUCCAGUGUAGAUUUGGCCUUGUGUUUUAGGUUAUUGUCCUGCUGAAAGGUGAAUUCAUCUCCCAGAUUUUGCCUGUGCUUAGCUCCAUUCCAUUUAUUUUUUAAUCCUGAAAAUCUCCCCAGUCCUUAGAGAUUACAAGCAUAUCUAUAACAUGAUGCAGCCACCACUAUGCUCGAAAAUAUGGAGAGUGGUACUCUGUAAUUUGUUGUAUUGGAUUUGCCCCAAGCAUAAUACUUUGCAUUCAGGACAAAAAGUUAAUUGCUUUGCCACAUUUUUUGCAGUAUUACUUUGUUGCAAACAGGAUGCAUGUUUUGGAAUAUUUUUUAUUCUGUACAGGCUUCCUUCUUUUCACUCUGUCAAUUAGGUUAGUAUUGUGGAGUAACUACAAUGUUGUUGAUCCAGCCUCAGUUUUCUCCUAUCAGAGCCAUUCAACUCUGUAACUGUUUUAAAGUCACCAUUGGCCUCAUGGUGAAAUCACUGAGCGGUUUCCUUCCUCUCCGGCAACUGAGUUAGGAAGGACACCUGUAUCUUUGUAUUGACUGGGUGUGUUGAUACACCAUCCAAUGUGUAAUUAAUAACUUCACCAUGCUCAAAGGGAUAUUCAAUAUCUGCUUUUAUUUAUUUUUACCCAUCUACCAAUAGGUGCCCUUCUUCUUUGCGAGGCAUUGGAAAAUCUCCCUGUUCUUUGUGGUUGAAUCUGUUUGAAAUUCACUGCUCGACUGAGGGACCUUACAGAUAAUUGUAUGUGUGGGGUACAGAGAUGAGGUAGUCAUUCAAAAAUCAUGUUAAACACUAUUAUUGCACACAGUGAGUCCAUGCAACUUAUUAUGAUACUUGUUAAGCACAUUUUUACUCCUGAACUUAUUUAGGCUUGCUUUAACAAAGGGGUUGAAUACUUAUUGACUGAAUACAUUUCAGCUUUUCAUUUUUUAUUAAUUUGUAACAAUUUCGAAAAACAUAACCCCACUUUGACGUUAUGGGGUAUUGUGUGUAGGCCAGUGACACAAAAUGUAAUCCAUUUUAAAUUCAGUCUAACACAACAAAAUGUGGAAUAAGUCAAUGGGUGUGAAUAGUUUCUGAAGGCACUGUAUAAAAUAUUGGAAUUAAACCUUAUGCACUUCUGUAAUAAUAAGUACACGAUGCAAAUGGUUAAUGUGAAAUUUGUGGAUUUCAUGGAUCGUAGCCAUGUCUUUCUAAUAUCUUGACCAUGCACUUUUCUUUCUGUUCCUUGUCUCUAGAUGAGGACAGUAACCUGGACCCGUCUCCUCUGCCAGACAUGGACUCUGACUCCCUAGGGGGACUGGGGGGGCCGGUGGACGAGGAGGAGAAGUGGCUGGACGCCCUGGAGAAAGGCGAGCUGGACGACAACGGAGAGCUGAAGAAGGAGAUCGAUGAGUCCCUGCUCACAGCCAGACAGGUAACAGGGUCCGGACAGACAGACCGAGCAGGGCUCCAGGCCUAGGCUAGUCUGACAUUAUGUAAAGUAGAGUUCUGAGUUUUUCUCGAAAAUGUGAUUUAAGGUUACGAUAUGAUCUGAGAAAUUGCUAUUGGUUAAAAACUUGGAAGAUUACAGAAAUGCCCUAACCCUAUAGAUUUAUGUAAAGCUUUAGGUCUACAUCCUACUGUACUUGACUAUGCGUUUGUGUGUGUGCUUAUGCCUUACAGAAAGCCCUCCUGCACAAGCAGCAGAACCAGCCUCUCCUGGAGCUGCCCAUGGGCUACAAGGAGAAGGAGAUGACCGCCGAGAUGAUGCAGAAGAGGGAGGAGCGCGCCCGCAAGAGGCGCCUGCAGGCUGCCAAGAAGGCAGAGGAGAACAAGAACCAGACCAUCGAGAGGCUCACCAAGACCUCCAAGGCCAAGAUCAAGAGCAUGAGGGAACGCAAGUCCAAGCAGGCCCAGUGUCCCAUGGUCCGCUACUGCGACUCGGCCCAGGGAAUGGGGAUUUCCUUUCCCAAGGGGCUGCUAGCCCCCACCCCUGCUCCCCUGUGCCCCCCUCCACCGGCACCGGUAGGGUGCGGGGUAAACGGGUGCAGUAAUCUGAAGAGGUACUCGUGCUCCAAGACGGGGAUCCCUCUCUGUAGUCUGGAGUGCUACAGGAAGAAUCUGGUCCUUGUUGUGGAGAGCGCCACUUGAACUUCACCGCUUUGGAAGGUUUAGGCUUGCUGGCCGUACAGACUCUAGGGCUAAAGGACAAGGUGGAUCUUUUUUAUUUAGCAGAAUUAUAAAAAGGUGUUGUUUUUUUGUGACAUGUCCAGAAAUGGGUCAUUCCUCUGCAUUUCUGGUGGCGAACUAAUGACAUAAUUAUGUGUUCUUACAAAAGAGAUGAGUGUUGUUCAAAUCAAUGCAUCAGUCAGACAGACAAUUUAGCCCUGAUAACACACAUCAUAAUGAUGAAGGCUACAGCCACAUCCGGCAGUGUGCAUUUCAUUUCUAGAUCCUCUCUGUCGAAAUCCACUUGAUGUAGCUUGUAUAAGAAUUUAACAAGGCACCCUUGUUUUGUGAAAUGAAUCUGCUGAAGUAAAUCAGCUUUUUCCUAAAAUUAGAGUGCUCUUUUGCCUGUUGAUCAUGAAGGACUUUCAUUUGUGUAAAUAUAUCGUUAAUGGUUUUGUAUUCAUUUUGGAAGCCUUAAAGCACUGUGUAACACAGCGGCAUGUCCAUUUAACAUGUUACACUCUUGUUUGUUUGAUCAAUUGAGAAAAUUACCCCAGGAAACCAAAACAAGUUUAUUUUAUUUUAAUUAACAGCCACAAAGGUGCAUUUGUAUCACAAAUUAUUUGACUUCUAUACAAAAUACUGUACAUUUUAAAUAAAAGAUCAAACAUUUCUCUCCUCCUCCCAAAUCAACAGCAUAUAGGAAUAGAACUCCACUUAAGGCUGUUGCCAUGCCAACAUGGAGAGGAUAGCAGGCAAGAACAGUCACAUUAUUUGGUCAGGCACACUUAAAGGUGCUACACAUAGGAGUUUUGCAUUGCAAUUUCAGAAAAUGUCCAUAAUAU